AUGGCAGACUCACAACCCACCGCCGCCGGCGACAUGCUGAACGGAAAUACCACCAACGGCGACAUUUCGAGCGACAUCGCGAAGGAGUCGUCCCUCCUGGCAAAACUCAUCCCACACCUGGACCGUCACCUGGUAUUCCCACUGCUGAACUUCGUCGAGGAGAACACGCCAGAGGACGAGGACAUCACAGACAUCACACAGCUCAAAUAUGCGCUGCUCCAGGAGACCAACAUGUCCGACUACGUGGGCGACCUGUACGCGCAGCUGAACAAUCUGGACGAGCGACCCGCAGAAUACACAAAGAAGCGGGAAGAGGUGCUCGAGAGGAGGCGCAUUUACGAGGAGGAGACGGAGAAGAUCCAGGGUCUGCUCGGAAAUGAGGAUGUCAUCAACAACCUGCGCAGCGACAAGAUGAGCAACAUGAACUACCUCAAGGAUAACCACGGCGUGACCCAGCAGAUGGUCGACCAGCUCUACGAUUUCGGCCAGUUCCAGUACACUUGCGGUGACUACGGCAGCGCAUCCGAGCUUCUCUACCAGUUCCGUAUCCUGUCCACUGAUAACGACAAGGUCAGCGCGGCGACCUGGGGAAAGCUAGCUUGCGACAUCCUCACAGUCAACUGGGAGAGCGCCAUGGAGGAGAUCAUGAAGCUCAAGGAGAGCAUCGACACACGCCUCUUCAACAACGCCCUCGCACAACUCCAGCACCGAACAUGGUUGAUUCACUGGGCACUCUUCCCGUUCUUCAACCACGAGCCAGCACGUGAGCAACUCACCGAGCUCUUCUUCUCGCCCACCUACAUCAACACCAUCCAGACUUCGUGCCCAUGGAUCCUCAGAUAUCUUUCGGCCGCAGUCAUCACAAACCGCAACCGACCAGGAAACAAGACUUUCAUCUACGGCAACUACCAGAAGCAGCUCAAAGAUCUCGUGCGAGUCGUGAGGCAGGAGCAGUAUGAAUACAACGAUCCAGUGACGAGCUUCGUCAAGGCGUUGUACGUGGACUUCGACUUUGAGGAAGCGCAGCGACGUCUAUCAGAAGCAGAGCAGAUCCAGCGUUCCGACUUCUUCCUCGUGGCCGCAGCAGACGCAUUCCUCGAUGCUGCACGUCACCUUAUUUCCGAGUCUUACUGCAAGAUUCACCAGCGGAUCGAUAUCAAGGACCUUUCCACCAGACUCGGCCUCUCGCACUCGGAGGGUGAGAAGUGGAUCGUCAACCUCAUCCGCGACACACGAGUGGAUGCGAAGAUCGACUACAAGGCAGGCACUGUCAUCAUGAACCACCCACCAGUCUCAGUAUACCAGCAGGUCAUCGAGCGGACGAAGGGUGGCUUCUUCCGAACACAAGUUCUGUCUGCUGCGGUCGCCAAGUAA